GAAAAAUCGCAUGCGAGGGUUUAUGAAAUUCCCACCCCUUCUGUAAAAACCCUCCUUUCUUCCCUCACACCCACAAUUUUCUCUUCAAUUCUCUCAGCCCUAGGACCUGCAAGAUGGCCGGGAAAGGUCCCGGGCUCUUCUCCGAUAUAGGCCAGAAAGCUAGAGACUUGCUCUGGAAGGACUAUAGCAUUGAUCAGAAGUUCACCAUCACCACCUUUACCGACAUUGGAGUGGGCCUUAACUCAACCGUGGUGAAGAGGGGAGGUCUUUACACAGGGGACGUGGCAGCACAGUACAAGCACAAGAAUGCUGUUGUUGAUUUCAAAUUUGACACAGAGUCAAACGUCUCCUCAGUCCUGACAGUUACAGAUAUUCUGCCAUCCACGCAUGUCAUUGCUUCAUUGAGACUACCAGAUUACAACUCUGGCAAGGUGGAGGUUCAAUACUUCCACGAGCAUGCUACAUUUGCUACAGCCUUUGCUUUAAACAAGUCUCCUUCAGUUGAUAUUUCUGCAACCAUUGGGACACCCCACAUUGCUUUUGGAGCGGAAGCUAGUUAUUUAACAAAUUCUGGUCACUUUGCAAAAUAUAAUGCUGGCGUGAGUGUGACAAAGGCAGAUUCCAACGCAUCAGCAAUAUUGGCGGAUAAAGGAGACUCGGUAAGAGUGUCAUACUUGCACCUUUUUGAUUGGCUGAAUGGGGGAGCUGUUGUGGGAGAAAUCAGCAGAAAGUUCUCUACCAAUGACAAUACGUUGACAGUCGGGUGUUCUUAUGUGGUUGACUCUCAAACAGUAGUGAAAGCAAAACUUAACAACCACGGCAAUCUCGGGGCUCUUUUACAGCACCAGCUGACACCCAAGUCUUUCCUAACUGUAUCUGGUGCCUUUGACACAAAUGCUCUGGCAAAUAAUCCCAAGUUCGGGUUGGCGCUAUUUUUGAAGCCUUGAAAAAUAUCGAAAGGAUUCCAAGAAGGGUGAGUGAGUCCCAAACACGAGUAAAAUACCAUCUGUUUGUGCUGUCUUUCAGAAUAUGAAAAAUAGCUUCUGUCUGUAGUCAUAGGAUUCUUUGCUCUUUUUUCUUUGUAUGCUGUGCAAUUAAUUUUCGAUAUUUGUAUGGAUUGUUUAGAGUUUUGAGACAUUCCCCUCCCCACGCCCGAUUCGUUCGUGGAGAAAAUGAUAGAGUAAAAAUGUAAUCCAUAGCAUUUGUUAGAAGGUAAUUUUCAGUGAAAACUCCGUCGUUUUUAUUUCUACA